AUGCAAAUGCAGGGCCGAGUCCACUCCACGGGCAAGGGCAGCUUCGGCCGGCUGGGUCGCGGCGGGAUCGCUGCCUGGAGUGACGAGCUGGAUUUCCAUGAGGUUGAGUACUUCAGGAAGACCACCGACUCCAUUCUCAAUCCGGGUGAGGAGCCUGUGAUUGUCAAGGUAGAUGCAGGAAGGGAGUUCUCCGCUGCAAUGUCUGCACACGGAGAAAUCUGGGUCUGGGGCCGCAACGACUACGGCCAGCUGGGCAUGGGUGUCGAAGUGAUGCACAAGCCGGACUUCUGCAUGCAUUAUCCUUUCCUGUUGCGGAACAUGCCCAUGGAGGGCCAUGCUCUACGAGACUUCGCCUGUGGUGACCACCACAUCGUGGCACUGACCAGCGCGGGUGCCAUUUACGAGUGGGGGGACCGUCACCACUUUGAACCUACGGCUAUCACAUUGCCGAGUCGUUACCAGGAAGGCCUCAAGGGCAUCUGGAAGGUAGCGGCCGGCGAGAGCUGCUCCUUCGCUUUAUCGAUGGACGGCUCGCUCUACAGCUGGGGGCGCAAGUCCAGUGGCUGCCUGGCACUGGGCGACUCGUGUGAGGAGUGGGUCAAGAGGCCGGUACAGAUUCCGCCCGAAAAGUUCGGAAACCAGCGAGUGGUGGACAUCAUUGCUUCGAAGCAUCACUGCAUGGCCAUCACAGAAAAAGUCUGA